GCCGUCGCAAAGGAGCACACUGAUAGUCACGAAGCCGCACUUGAUCGCAUUACUGCUCUCGAAAAAGCAGUCGUAGAGCUUGACCGCAAGUCUAGGAGCAACCCUAACAACAAUUUCUCCGAUCCACUCCGAGCUCCUGACCAGGACUUAGGAUUGGGAGACCUCCUCAAGGAUAUGCAACUGCAGACUAAAGUCCUUGAUAAGCUUAAAGCACUGAAGAGCAAAAGUGGGAUCGAGGGGCAGGCUCAGUGUAACUUGCGGGUCCAGAAAGACAGGAUGCUGCGCAGCAUGGACGAUGGACAUGAUCCAACGCCUACGGAUCAAGUCAUCGAGGUAUCAUUCUCAAAGAUCAAGGAGUACGACACUUUCUUGCAUCAAUUCAUUUGCCCUACAGGCUUCGUGAGGUACCACGAUGAGAUUUGUAUCUGUAGCGAUUUGAACUACGACAUUCUCGAUAUUGUGAACGUGGAUGAGAGAGGUGUGCCCUUUGGGCAACUGCUCCGCACAUUAGGAGACUACAGAGCCAUCUCGUAUUUCCGCAAACGCAACUCUGCGCUCUACACGCAAGGCUCAUAUUGUUUUCGGGCGGGAGGCAAGACUAAGGCAGUUACUGAUUUGAACCGCGUGGGGCCCAUAAUGAGCCCACGAUUGCUGACGAGCGAGGAACUUAUGGACGUGGCAUUCCUCUGUAAGCAUAAUAAAAGUACUGGCGCGGAUGGAGUGUCUUACGAAGCAGUACAGAUGCUUUUGCAAUCCGAGCUGAGCGAACAUCUGCUUGAGUUCUUCAAUGGGGUUCUCCUGGGGAUUACGCCAGUGCCGGAGGGGCCCAUAGUGCUUUCGAGCACAGUGGGAAAGGUUUUCACAAAAGCACUGAUGUUGCUAGCUGAGCAAUACGGGAAACCACUUAUCAUCAUCAAACUGGAUGUAGCGGCAGCGUUUGACUCGCUAUCACACGAAGCCAUCGCUGCCUUCCUUAGCUUAGCCCAGGGAAGCCGGGAAGCUGAACUCCUUCUCGAAAUUGUGAGGCACUGGGAGCCGUUGGACUUAGGUUCAAUUGGCGCAAGUGUGCGUUGGGAGGAGACCAUUACUUUUCUAGGCGUCCUGGUUGGUUUUCAACUCACAGGACUCGCCACUCUUACAGCAAGGCUAGUAGGCAGAACCAAGAGCCUAUGCGCAGACGUUAGUCGAUUCCUGCAGAACGCGUGGGAAAAGUAUCUCAAGGACACCGGGGCCUCUCCGCCCACUUCGUGGCUACGGGGAGCGUCGGACAGAGACACGUGGAAAGCCUUUACGCAGCACUGGACCGUGCAAACAGGCACCCAAAGUAACAAGUUUUACUCUGAACCGCCUGAAAACAUAGAUCUGCGUGGAUGUCAACUGGUCCAGCACGGGGAUAAGUUCAGCCUCUUGCAUACGAGACACCCGCCAAUUGAGGAACCUUUUGCUGUCUCUUUCCUGAGACUGACCGAGGCCCCUGACUCAGGACCUGAGGAGCACGACGAAGAACAUGUACUGCGGGUGUACUCGGAUGGGAGUGCCUCCAACAACCGCAAGGGCCAGGCGGGCGAUGGUGGAGGGGCCGUUGUCCUUCUGCCCCCUUAUGGGGACACCAGCAAGAUGACUGUUUGUCAUUUCAAAAUCCGCAAGCCCUGCACCAACAUACAAGCUGAGCUCCAAGCUGCAGUUCAGGCACUUCGCAUGAUCAGGACCUUUCGCCUGAAGCAUCCCUACAUCCCAGUAUGCUAUUGCACUGAUUCCCAGUACGUCCUGCAAAUCUUGGAAGGUGCUUUUCAGGGGACCCUCUAUGCCUCUGUAACCAAUGAGAUCAUCUGUCUUUGGAGCGAGCUUUGUGUUACAGUGGAAGCACGACAUGUCAAAGCCCAUAGCAAUGUCCUACUCAACGAAGUUGCCGAUCGUUUCGCCAAAGCUGGAGCCACCCUGUCGCAUUAUUGUAAGGUGUUCUGCACUUUGGAUCACAGCCAAGCUUUCGUGACAGCAAAUCAUUUUCUCCGCGCCCCGACCUCUCCAUCUUGUCGCCAGAUCGCCAUGGAUCACGGUGACAACCAGGCCGCGCGCACUCAAUUCGCAGGGAUGAACCAGGCUGGCAGCACCGUGGACUACAUGCAAGACUUCGUGCAGAGAGCGCACGCGGUGGCCGUGCUUCCCCAGACCUCCACUUUGGGGUUGUUCGCCAUCAUGGGGGUGGUCAGCCUGGUCAUCCUUUGGGGCUUUCAGAGUAGCUUCCUCCGAAGCCUCAUGACGAGUCUGCAGGGGAGUGUCAAACUCCACAUUACCAACAUCAUGGAAGACACGCAGAAGCUCCUGCUGGACUAUGUCAAGGAACACCUUGGAGCACGCUUGGAAGAGCUUGCAACUAAGGUGGAGAUGCUUGAGCAAAGGGGGGCUUCCCCACCAGAAACAGAAGCGUUCCAAAGCAAACUCGCUGCCGACACUGAAGCGCUCCAAAGCAAGCUCACUGCCGACACCGAAGUACUCCAGAGCAAGCUCGCUGCACUGGAGAAGGCGGUGAAGGACUUGGCCGCAGGCCCAGCUGCCCUUGACAUCAGUGGAUUGGGUUCGGACAUUUGGGACAGCCUUCGGCCCGUCCUGUCCCAGUGGAGCCAAGGGCAAACGUCGAAGAUGCAGAAGUCAGUGGAGGACUGGCUCAAGGACAAAGCCGCUGCCCCAUCCUCGAGCAAGGACGGCAGUCCGGAUGCCAGCCAAGAGAUCAAGCAGCUCAAGGACUCCAUGAAAGUGGUCCAGACGCUCACGAAGCACUUGUGCGAGGAGAAGCAUACGGCCGUGAUCGACCAGCUUCAAGAAGUGCAAAAGUUGGCCAACGACAAGCACGCGGAAGCCCAGGCCACUGCCAACGAGAAGCACGCCGCCCUCGCCACCAAGGUGGACAACGUCACCGGCUACCUCAGGGAGGACCAUGCGCUCAUCGUGCGCCUCAAGGACAAGAAUGAGGAGCUCGGUAAGGAUGCGCUGGGGCACAGGUCGGCCAUCUUGGCGGAGAUCAAGAAUGUGACCCCGGUCAUCAGAAGGGGAGCUGACAUGAUCGAGAGGACCCUGAACCUCUUGGCCAAGGGCGACCCCAGCCCGUGGGAGCAGGAGCUCAAGAAGGUGGCGGAUGACACGAGCAACACGCUCCAUUGGGUCGCCGGGCAGGAGGAGGAGCUCCAGAGUAAGGUCACAAAGAUUGAGGCCUUGAUCACAGGCCUCUUGGACAACGUCAAUGAGGUGGGUGUGGCCUUGGACAAGCACAGCGAAAUCAUGGGAAUGAGAUUGCGUGCCCUCGGCGAAGUACAGACCAGCCUGGACAGAGUGGUGGCACAGACGCAGCCCAGGCCUUCGCCCACGCCAGCGCCGCAGCAGCCGCCCAGCUUCCAGCAGAGCAGCCACAGCAGAGCUCGCGGACCCCCGCCGGCGCCGACGUACACACCACUGGUCGAGGAAGUUGGCUUGGGAGGACAUGUGUCACAGAUCCAUGCAAGCUCGGCGCCGCACUCCCCGCCUGUGCUCCUCACGAACCUCGACACGCUCACCCAGGCGCUCAACCAACGAGGAGGCGGAGGGGGGUACUGA